AUGAUGCCUUCUAUGGGGCUUUUGAAUACCAUUGGUGUUCUGCAUGCCUGGACAGCAAGUCAUCAACUCUCAGAUUACUCGUCGUCCAAGCUUGGAUGGAUCUUCGGCGCUUUCAGCUUUUUCCUUUAUUUCGGUGGCGCCCAGGUUGGUCCUAUCUUCGAUAGCCGUGGGGUGCUGCCUGUGGUACUGCCAGGAUCCAUUGGCUUGGUCUUAGCCGUGUUUUUCUUCGGCGAAAGCACAGAAUACUACCAGAUAUUUCUAUCCUUCAGCGUCCUUGGUGGCAUUUCCUCAUGCUGCCUCUUCACCCCUGCCGUAUCCGCCGUCGGCCACUGGUUUAACCUCCGCCGUGGACUCGCAACCGGCAUCGCCUGCACAGCCGGUGGCCUCGGCGGCAUGCUCUUUCCGCUAAUCAUCAUAUAUGUGAGCCCCAAGCUCGGUUUCCCAUGGGCAAUGCGAAUCAUCGGCAUCCUCUGCUUCAUCCUAUGCGGUUCCGCCUGCAUACUACUCAAGACCCGUCUCCCACCCGAUCAUAAACGAGGCAUGGCCAUCGAUCUGAAAGCCCUUUUGGAUCCAAAAUAUGCCCUGACGACGCUUGCCGUCUGGCUCGUCGAGUUCGCGGUGUUUGUCCCAUAUGCCUACAUUGUAUCUUAUGGUCUCCACGUUGGAAUGGAACCGACUCUAGCCUAUCUACUAACAGUGUUCUUAAGUGCGGGGGCUAUACCAGGCCGAGCGUUCCCUGGUCUUCUCGCCGAUCGAAUGGGUAGAUUCAACGUCAUGUCCUUGACGGCUAUAAUUUGCGCGAUCCUUACCUUAGCGCUAUGGUAUAAAGCUGUCAGUAGCAGUGCAGCAAUGAUAGCUUAUGUGGUGCUAUUUGGGUUUUGGAGCGGUGCGGCUAUCAGUCUAACUCCUGUUUGUAUCUCGCAGGUGUGCCGGACUGAGGAUAUUGGGAAGCGGAACGGCACGGCGUUUACACUGGUCAGUAUUGGUACUCUGAUUGGGAUUCCACUGGCUGGUGCAAUCCAGGAGUCUAAUGGCGGGGAUUAUUGGGGACUGAUUAUAUUUGCGGGGAUGUUGUAUCUGGCCGCGUCUGUGGCGUUUGUAGUUGCUAGAGGUGUUGCUGGUGGUUGGGGGUGGAGAGUAAAAUUCUGA